AUGGAAGCAAGAAAUGAUGAAACUAAAGCAGAAUUCAAGCACACAUGCAAACACACUACACGUGUGCUCUUCCCAAACACGCUCCAUUACCCUGAUGCAAAUCACGGAAGACAACACAGCCGAGCACCCACUGCCAAGGCUCACCCACACCGGCCAGCCGACACCCACUGCCAACGCUCGCCCACACCGGCCAGCCCGACACCCACUGCCAACGCUCGCCCACACCGGCCAGCCGAGCACCCACUGCCAAGGCUCGCCCACACCGGCCAGCCGACACCCACUGCCAAGGCUCGCCCACACCGGCCAGCCCACACCCACUGCCAAGGCUCGCCCACACCGGCCAGCCGACACCCACUGCCAACGCUCGCCCACACCGGCCAGCCGAGCACCCACUGCCAAGGCUCGCCCACACCGGCCAGCCGACACCCACUGCCAAGGCUCGCCCACACCGGCCAGCCCACACCCACUGCCAAGGCUCGCCCACACCGGCCAGCCGACACCCACUGCCAAGGCUCGCCCACACCGGCCAGCCCACACCCACUGCCAAGGCUCGCCCACACCGGCCAGCCCGACACCCACUGCCAAGGCUCGCCCACACCGGCCAGCCUGACACCCACUGCCAAGGCUCGCCCACACCGGCCAGCCGACACCCACUGCCAAGGCUCGCCCACACCGGCCAGCCGACACCCACUGCCAAGGCUCGCCCACACCGGCCAGCCUGACACCCACUGCCAAGGCUCGCCCACACCGGCCAGCCCACACCCACUCACCAGUUUCAAGGUCUCCAGCACACCCUCAGCAUUGGACGCCGUGCCUGUGUUAUCUCUUGUCUGA